ACUUUGCUUAAGGCAUGAUAAUUCCCCAUGAAAACAUCAAGAAAGCUCUUGCUUCUAAUGUAAGAGAGGAAUUUGGAACAAAAUCUUUGUACAACCUUAAUGAUUUCUGAACCCGCACAAGUUUCUUUGGCCUCCAGCCUCCUAGCAAGAAUGUGAUCGGAACAGCUGAUCUCUCACCUUCAUGAAAUUGCUCAGGUGAUUUUGCACUAUCAUUUCUCCUACCCCCUUUCACACAAACUUCUCUUCAACUUGCUUUUGAGAAGUCCCCAGAACAGACCGUCCCAGAAAUUUAGAUCUCCACAUGGGAAGUUUUUUCAAUUAUUUGAAAGGAAAAUUAAGUACUCAGAGGGCAAUGAUUGUGAUCGCUACGCCCUUUGUCAUAUUUGCCGGCAUUUCCAUGGGAUAUUGGGCUCUUACGAAUCACCUUAGGAAAGGAAGACCUAAGAUUCGACGUCUUCCUACGAGGUCUAUGUCCAUUGGGGCUCUCCACGGAGGCAAAUUGGCCUUGCAGAGGUUGGUUGAUUAUCAUGAAGCUCAUGACAAUGCAGCAUCACUGCACAAAGCUGAGACAGAGUUAGUGGAUUUGCUUAAAGAGGAACAACCCGAUUUAAUGCAGCUGCAGAGAACGGUGGCAAAGCUGGAAAUGAGCGGGAAAGAAGAGGAAGCGGUGGCAAUAUUAGAAAAAGCAGUGGAGAAUGCACAAAAGGAAAAGCAACACGAAGCCUAUGAAAUCGAAAUGCUGCUUGUGGAGAUGCUCAUCUACAAGGGAGAUUUUGAAAAGGCUUUAAACUGCGAAUGCUUGAAGCACGAGGAGAUUUCUGAUGCGCGACGUCCACUGUACAAGGCUAUUAUUUACAUCAUGUUAGGUAAGUAUGAACAAGCCAAAAAAUGUUGGGGAGAUUUUAAGGGUAUUCAAAGAAACCUUCAAUGGCCACCUAGUCUGAAGGAAAGUCAAGUGGAUACAGCUAGCUCUAUUAACCAUUUCAAGGAGUUUGAGAAGGUAGUCAAGUUCCUGAAAGAUGAUAUCCACAAGGCACAGGCACAGAGGAUGGCACAAAAUUAAGUAAGAAAUCGUACUCAUGCAUUAAUCAAGUUACCUGGUACUGCUAGCUAGCUUCAAUUGUGAUUAAUUUUGCAGUACUCCUGCUUGUAUUUCUUCAAUCUCCCUUCUCCUUCUUGGGUUGGGUUGGGGUACUUGGCCAACAUUAUCAUAUCAUGUUGAAUGCUUAUGGUAUUUGUAUUUGUAA